AUGAAGCUGAAAGCUGACAUAUCCACAGCCUUUCCCUCUCUGUCUGUGGAGGAACUGUCCGAGUUGGUCCCAAACAAAGAGGAGUUCAAUGUAGUGAAGAUCAAUGCCAACAAGGGAGAUGCAGUCACCCUCUACCUGCUUCAUAAGAACCCAGUGUUCUUUGAGCUGGAGAAAUGUGUCUAUCCCACAGGUAGUGUUACAGUCAACAUGUCUCAAGUCAUGAUUGGCUAUUACCGCUGUCUAUAAUGAACACAGUGACUUACUGUAAAUACCUUGACAAUGGCAGGCUUCAUAUUCUUGCUCACAACGUUGUGGUUGUUUGUUCCCAGGGCUCCCGUGGCAGUGGGCACCGCCACCAUGUCCAGUGCAGAGAUGCGGGGCCUGGGCAUGAAGGGCAGAGGGGUGUCAGUCCUCCAUACCUACAUGGACAGCCUGUGGUGAGCGCAGAUUAGCCAGUCAAACUCCACACACACACACUGCAGCAUGGUUAGUGUCAAUACGUAUAACCCUGACACAACAUUCCCAUGUCAAUCUACUAUCAUUAGGGCAUUUGGAGACAAGGCUGGUUCUCCCUCCAUUCCUGAUGUGGACACUGAGGGAGUCGAGGCAGUGUAUGGAGAGGAAGAGGAGGGUGAUGAACAGACCACUGAGGAGGGUGAAGAACCGUGUCCCAACUCUGAUGCUGGUGUCCAGAAGCUCAGCCUGUCUGACGGGGAGGAAGAGGAGGGGGAGCAGGAGAAAAAGAGGAAGGAAAGGAAGACCCAGAGGACCCGAGAAGCCCACAAGGUAAUGGUGUCAGAUGUUUGUUCACCCGCACCUGCCCGCAAUUGCUAAUAACCCAUCCCUAGGAUUUUUUAUGAAUUUAUUUGCAAAUUAUGGUGGAAAAUAAGUAUUUGGUCACCUACAAACAAGCAAGAUUUCUGGCUCUCACAGACCUGUAACUUCUUCUUUAAGAGGCUCCUCUGUCCUCCACUCGUUACCUGUAUUAAUGGCACCUGUUUGAACUUGUUAUCAGUAUAAAAGACACCUGUCCACAACCUCAAACAGUCACACUCCAAACUCCACUAUGGCCAAAACCAAAGAGCUGUCAAAGGACACCAGAAACAAAAUUGUAGACCUGCACUAGGCUGGGAAGACUGAAUCUGCAAUAGGUAAGCAGCUUGGCUGGGUCUUUCAGCAUGACAAUGAUCCCAAACACACCGCCCGGGCAACGAAGGAGUGGCUUCGUAAGAAGCAUUUCAAGGUCCUGGAGUGGCCUAGCCAGUCUCCAGAUGUCAACCCCAUAGAAAAUCUUUGGAGGGAGUUGAAAGUCUGUGUUGCCCAGCGACAGCCCCAAAACAUCACUGCUCUAGAGGAGAUCUGCAUGGAGGAAUGGGCCAAAAUACCAGCAACAGUGUGUGAAAACCUUGUGAAGACUUACAGAAAACGUUUGACCUGUGUCAUUGCCAACAAAGGGUAUAUAACAAAGUAUUGAGAAACUUUUGUUAUUGACCAAAUACUUAUUUUCCACCAUAAUUUGCAAAUAAAUUCAUUAAAAAUCCUACAAUGUGAUUUUCUGGCAUUUUUUUCCUCAUUUUGUCUGUCAUAGUUGACGUGUACCUAUGAUGAAAAUUACAGGCCUCUCUCAUCUUUUUAAGUGGGAGAACUUGCACCAUUGGUGGCUGACUAAAUACUUUUUCCCCCACUGAAUGUGAAAAUCUGUACCCGACCCUAACCUGCUAAUAUAGAAAAUGAGCUUUAGGCUACAGUCAGAGACAGUUUUGCCCGAUUUAGAUAUGUUUCUGCUUAUAAUUUCCAACAUUUUGGUAGGCUAUUUGUUAGUCAACUUGUCUAUAAUUAGAUACAUGCAGCUUCUCUUCUGUCAUUAAAUGUUGAUCUAGAAGACUAAAUAAACCCAGUUCGGCUUUGAUGCAUAUUUGAUGUGGUUCAAAUACUAUCAGCUUUUAUGAUGCUGAUAAAGAUAGCAUCCCUACAGACGGUAUCUAACUGCACAUUCACAUUCUCUCAAGACGCUGAAAGAAAUAAAUCAUAUUUCUCCACUCCUGUUCCCGAGUCAAAAUGAAGCCUACAUUUGAAAGAGUUAAUAUUAAGGCUAUGUGAGAGGUUAUAGACCUACAGUGAGGGAAAAAAGUAUUUGAUACCCUGCUGAAACAUUUUGUAUGUUUGCCCACUGACAAAGAAAGAUCAGUAUAAUUUUAAUGGUAGGUUUAUUUGAACAGUGAGAGACAGAAUAACAACAAAAAAAUCCUGAAAAACGCAUGUCAAAAAUGUUAUAAAUUGAUUUGCAUUUUAAUGAGGGAAAUAAGUAUUUGACCCCCUCUCAAUCAGAAAGAUUUCUGGCUCCCAGGUGUCUUUUAUACAGGUAACGAGCUGAGAUUAGGAGCACAUUCUUAAAGGGAGUGCUCCUAAUCUCAGCUUGUUACCUGUAUAAAAGACACCUGUCCACAGAAGCAAUCAAUCAGAUUCCAAACUCUCCACCAUGGCCCAGACCAAAGAGCUCUCCAAGGAUGUCAGGGACAAGAUUGUAGACCUACACAAGGCUGGAAUGGGCUACAAGACCAUCGCCAAGCAGCUUGGUGAGAAGGUGACAACAGUUGGUGCGAUUAUUCGGAAAUGGAAGAAACACAAAAAAAACUGUCAAUCUCCCUCGGCCUGGGGCUCCAUGCAAGUCUCACCUCGUGGAGUUGCAAUGAUCAUGAGAACGGUGAAGAAUCAGCCCAGAACUACACGGGAGGAUCUUGUCAAUGAUCUCAAGGCAGCUGGGACCAUAGUCACCAAGAAAACAAUUGGUAACACACUACGCCAGGGUUCUUCAAUUCCGGUCCUGGAGGGCCGAAACACCUCUGUUUUUCAUCCUCUCCUUCUAAUCAGGGGCUAAUUCAGACCUGGGACACCAGGUGAGUGCAAUUAACUACCAGGUAGAAAUAAAAAACAGAAGUGUUUCGGCCCUCCAGGACCGGAAUUGAAGAACCCUGCACUACGCCGUGAAGGACUGAAAUCCUGCAGCGCCCGCAAGGUCCCCCUGCUCAAGAAAGCACAUAUACAUGCUCGUCUGAAGUUUGCCAAUGAACAUCUCAAUGAUUCAGAGGAGAACUGGGUGAAAGUGUUGUGGUCAGAUGAGACCAAAAUGGAGCUCUUUGGCAUCAACUCAACUCGCCGUGUUUGGAGGAGGAGGAAUGCUGGCUAUGACCCCAAGAACACCAUCCACACCGUCAAACAUGGAGGUCGAAACAUUAUGCUUUGGGGGUGUUUCUCUGCUAAGGGGACAGGACAACUUCACCGCAUCAAAGGGACGAUGGACGGGGCCAUGUACCGUCAAAUCUUGGGUGAGAACCUCCUUCCCUCAGCCAGGGCAUUGAAAAUGUGUUUUGGAUGGUUAUUCCAGCAUGACAAUGACCCAAAACACACGGCCAAGGCAACAAAGGAGUGGCUCAAGAAGAAGCACAUUAAGGUCCUGGAGUGGCCUAGCCAGUCUCCAGACCUUAAUCCCAUAGAAAAUCUGUGGAGGGAGCUGAAGGUUCUGGUUGCCAAACGUCAGCCUCGAAACCUUAAUGACUUGGAGAAGAUCUGCAAAGAGGAGUGGGACAAAAUCCCUCCUGUGAUUUUACAUUACAUUUACAUUUACGUCAUUUAGCAGACGCUCUUAUCCAGAGCGACUUACAAAUUGGUGCAUUCACCUUAUGAUAGCCAGUGGGACAACCACUUUACAAAAACAUUUUUUUAUUGUAUUUUUUUAUUCUAUUUAUAUUUUCUACUUUUUUGUUGUUUGUUUCUAUAUAUAUAUAAAAUCUUUUUUUUUUUUUUUUUUUUUGGGGGGGUGGGGUGGGGGGGUGUAGAAGGAUUACUUCUAUACUAGAUGAGGUGUGCAAACCUGGUGGCCAACUACAAGACACGUCUGACUUCUGUGAUUGCCAACAAGGGUUUUGUCACCAAAUACUAAGUCAUGUUUUGCAGAGGGGUCAAAUACUUAUUUCCCAAUUUGAAAGUCACUCUGGAUAAGAGCGUCUGCUAAAUGACGUAAAUGUAAUUAAAAUGCAAAUCAAUUGAUAACAUUUUUGACAUGCGUUUUUCUGGAUUUUGUUGUUGUUAUUCUGUCUCUCACUGUUCAAAUAAUCCUACCAUUAAAAUUAUAGACUGAUAAUUUCUUUGUCAGUGGGCAAACGUACAAAUCAGCAGGGGAUCAAAUACUUUUUCCCCUCACAGUCAGUGUGCAGAUCUCAGUUUCCAUUUAACCCAUCUGAACAGUAUGCUACAGUUCCCUUGACGUGCCAUAGGCCUAUUUGAAGUCCCCUGAAUUUGUAGGCGAUUAUGUUUCUAAUAAACUUGAAUCUUGGAAAUGGUAGGUUUAUUUGAACAGUGAGAGACAGAAUAACAACAAAAAAAUCCAGAAAAACGCAUGUCAAAAAUGUUAUCAAUUGAUUUGCAUUUUAAUGAGGGAAAUAAGUAUUUGACCCCCUCUCAAUCAGAAAGAUUUCUGUCUCUCAGGUGUCUUUUAUACAGGUAAAGAGCUGAGAUUAGGAGCACACUCUUAAAGGGAGUGCUCCUAAUCUCAGCGUGUUACCUGUAUAAAAGACACCUGUCCACAGAAGCAAAUAAACCUCCCAUUAAAAUUAUAGACUGAUCAUUUCUUUGUCAGUGGGCAAACGUACAAAAUCAGCAGGGGAUCAAAUACUUUUUUCCCUCACUGUACAGUCAGUGUGCAGAUUUCAGUUUCCAUUUAACCCAUCUGAACAGUAGGCUACAGUUCCCUUGACGUGCCAUAGGCCUAUUUGAAGUCCCCGUCUUGUGACUGUCGAAUUUGUAGGCUAUAGCGCCUCACAAUCCUCACACAUAACAUAGCCGGCACUGCUAUCAUCCUCUUUUACCACUUCACCAAAUCUUUCCCAAACAUGACUUUUCUGGCCCCCCCUUCUCUUUAUUUUCAACUCUCCAAUUCGCAGUGUUUCUCUUAAUGAAUUAAACUCUGACAUUAUCCUUUUUGCUUCCGUGGAUUGACGUUAACUUUUUCUGCCCGUUCCCAAAAGCAUUUGGCAUGUAAGCUAUUUGCCGCAUGUACAGUUAAGCCCUAAAAGUUUAGGCUUACGCACUAAUACCAGAUAACCUAAAAAAAUGAAAGAAAAACCUAAAUGUAGCCUAUAUAUAUAAAUUGCACAAGAAGGUAUUGUUUGCUCUUUAUUCAACCUGCCCGCCACCCACCCGCCCUUCAUCUACACAAUAUUUAAUGACCCUGCGGAUAUAACCAUGGGGACUGCAGGUUAUGAGUUUUUCCACAUUUUGUUACGUUACAACCUUAAUCUAAAAUCGAUUAAAUAAAACAUUUUCCUCAUCAAUUUUCACACAAUACGCCAUAAUGACAAUGUGAAAACAGGUUUGUAGAUUAUUUUGCAAAGAAAAAAAAAAGAAAAAAAGAAAAACCUUAUUUACAUAAGUAUUCAGACCCUUUGCUAUGAGGCUCGAAAUUGAGCUCAGGUCCAUCCUGUUUCCAUUGAUCAUCCUUGAGAUGUUUCUACAAGUCUCUGAAUGUCCUUGAGUGGCCCAGCCAGAGCCCGGACUUGAACCCGAUCUCUGGAGAGUCCUGAAAAUAGCUGUGCGGAAACACUCUCCAUUCAACCUGACAGUUUGAGACGAUCUGCAGAGAAGAAUGGGAGAAACUUCCCAAAGACAGGCGUGCCAAGCAUGUAGUGUCAUACCCAAGAAGACUUGAGGCUGUAAUCGCUGCGAAAGGUGCUUCAACAAAGUACUGAGUAAAGGGUCUGAACACUUAUGUAAAUAUGAUAUUUUGGUUUUUAAUUUUUUAAACAUUUGCAAACAUUUCUAAAAACCUGUUUUUGCUUGGUCAUUAUCGGGUAUUGUGUGUAGAUUGAUGAGGGGGAAAAAACAAUUUGAUCCAUUUUAGAAUAAGUCUGUAACGUAACAAAAUGUGGAAAAAGUCAAGGGGUCUGAAUACUUUCUGAAUGCGCUGUAACUGCCAAAUUAAAGGAAACACCAACAUAAAGUGUCUUAAUACGGUGUUGGGCCACCACGAGCCACCAGAACAGCUUCAAUGCGCCUUGGCAUAGAUUCUACAAGUGUCUGGAACUCUAUUGGAGGGAUGCGACAACAUUCUUCCACGAGAAAUUCGUUCAUUUGGUGUUUUAUUGAUGGUGGUGGAAAAUGCUGUCUCAGGCACCUCUCUAGUACAGUAUCUCCCAUAAGUGUUCAGUUCUGAUUAUUUUGAGACCCCUCUUUGAAAGUCACUGAUAUAUCUUCUUCUAGCCAUGGUAGCCAAAAUAUUGGGCAACUGGGCAUUUUUAUACAUUACCCUAAGCAUGAUGGGAUGUUAAUUGCUUAAUUAACUCAGGAACCACACUUGUGUGGAAGCACCUGCUUUUAAUAUACUUUGUAUCCCUCAUUUUCUCAAGUCUUUUCUUUAUUUUGGCAGUGGUAUGUGUCCGUGUGUUUGGGUCUAAUUGAGAAGAGUAUUCUUUGCUCUAGUGUUAUGUUAGCUACUUUUCCCAAAGAAAUGACGUUGUCCUUGAUGGCAAACAUGUUUGAUGUGUGUCUUUCUUUGACAAAGUAUCUUAUUGCAUAAAUAGCCAUGAAUUGACGAACAAAACACCUUCUUGUUAGACAUCUUCUUCAUACAGCACAGUACUCAAUGUCUGUCUGUCUGGCUGUCUGUCUGUCCUUACAGAGCAGAUGGAUGCCCUGCUGAGGUAGUGUUUCCUCCACGCGCUCAAGAGCAAAGUCCGAGCUCCCCCUGCUGACCACUACCUUUCUGUGCAUCCACAUGUUCUCCUGCUGGUAAACACUACCCGGGGACAUUGAGAGUUGCAUUACAUGUUUUUUGCACACAUUUUCCCCUGACAUCAGUGCAUACCUGCAAAAGUUGUAGCCUACCUCAAGUUAGGAUUCUGCUAAAGAGAGGUAGCCUUGAACUGAACACUCAUAGGAAUUGUUGUUUUACAGUCCAAGUGGAAAGCAACUUGACAUCAAGAAAUCAAGCUAUACAAAGGUAACUCUUAGAAUAAGAGUGGUCCUUGACUUGACUUGUAAAGAACGUAUGCAAUUAUGUUUCUAAUAAACUUGAAUCUUGGAAAGUUGAUGGCAAAACCCACACAAUUCAGCUUGACUCUUCAUCAAUGAUCACUGAAUUAUCCCUUAAAUCCUAAGUCUAAUGUUUUGUCCCCAGUUAUCCAAGUUCCUUCAGAGCAUGCAGCAGCAGCACAGCCUGGUGAGAGUGAAGGAGCUGGGUAAAGGGGUGGAGGGCAUCAUAGAGGUGGACUGGAAGAACCCAGAGUGAGUAUAGCCUCCUCCACUCAUGACAUUUAUCAAGGGAACUUGAGGCUAGAAGCAGUGAAGAGUGUUUUACUACUCCUCUGCUGCCUCUAGACUGCGCUCCUUCCGCACCCCAGAGGAUCCUGGGACAGAGGAGGCCCCAGUGGAGGUGGGAGGAGGGAAGGGGGAGAAGCUCUACCAUCCGCCUGAGAUCACUACCCUCUACAGGGUGUCCUCUUGUCUGGAGCUUCUGUUUGAAGAUGCCAAGAAGAGGUGAGUCUGGGUACAUGCCUGUGUGUAUGUAGUCUUUUUUAUGUGUUAAUUAUUUUUUGUUUUUUUGUUGUACUGACAUGUCAGUGCUCUCUCUCAAAGGAAAGGAACAGUACUCCAACCAGCAGAAGUGAGAACAAUCAUCACAGAUUAUGUGAAGAGGAAUGAGCUGGUGGAGGAGAAUAACAAAAGGUGAGAUGAUUGCAUGGACUUCAAAGCUUUCACUCAAGACUUUAAGUGAUGAUUUAAGACGUACAAUAUCAAGUUGUUUGGGAGAUGCACUGCCAGCGCAAAUAUCAUGCCCCAAGAAAAUAUCUGUUUAAGAUGGGAGCUGUCAACAAUCCUAUAUUAACACAUUCUUAUGUCAUCAUUAAUCCGAUCCUAUGUGACUGCCUACUUGAGAAGUCAGAGGACCAGGAGAUGGGAGCACUAAAGUGGGACGACCUCUUCAGCAGGUAAACAGCUAUGGGUAGUGAAACACUGUCCAACAGGUGACCACUACGAUAAAGCAUGAAAAGUGUAUGCACUCACUACUGGAUAAGAGCGUCUGCUAAAUGACUAAAAUGUAUAAUGUAAAGUCAUGAUGCAUUACUGGCCUUGGAUUAUGACUAAACAUCGCCAUCUUGUGUCCACAGGACGCUAGACAAAAUACAGCAAUGCCACCAGCUGGUCUUCCCUGGCCAGCCACCCAUAGUAAAGAAGGGCCACAUUGAACCCAUAGACAUCUCUGAGGCCUCCAGGGGCUCCAACCAGAAGGUACAGCCAUGGCAACAUCUUUACAAUCUUUCAUGUUUUAAAGCAGCACUCCUCAAUCUUUGUGAUUAAUAAAAUAUCUGUCCAUCCCGCCGUUCCUCCCUUCUCUGGAGGUGAUCAUGAUAAAGAACCUGGAGGUGUAUGGUCUGGACCCCACGGCAGUGUCAGUCGCCCUGCAGCACAGAGUCCAGGCCAGCUCAGCCCUGAACGCCGUCCCUGGCUCCAAGGACCGAGUCCUGGUCCAGAUACAAGGAAACCAGGUCCAGCAAGUCGGCAAACUGCUGCUAGGUUCGCAAACAUUUCCUUUUGGUAACCCCAUGACAAGGCUGUCUUCAUACCGACUAUUGAUUUAACAGGUGUUUAUGUGCAUCAUUUCUAAGGCUUCUUCCCACUUUAUUUUGUAGAUAAGUACCAAAUUCCCCGCAAGUACAUCCAGGGACUAGACAAAGUUCAGAAUCCUGGAAAGAAGAAAUAG